CGGCCUCCCGGGGGCUGCCGGGUGGAUCAGGCCCCCGGAGGUGCCCGUCCUAGGCCGAGGGGGCACCCCGGAUCCGCACAGGCCCAAAGCUCCCUUCCAGUGCCAGGGCGCGCGAGGAGGCCCAGCUGGAGCCUUGCCAGGGCGCACAUACCUACUCCUGGCCAACAGUGGUCCAUGGAGCUGAGACUGAAUGGGCUCACCCCCUGGCCUGAGAGUGGCAGCUCCCCCUGCCGUGGUCCUCAUGCACGAGGCCCAGCGGUUGCAUUUUUGGCAAUGGUCUUGGGAACCCACACCCUCCAUUUGUGGCUCCAGAAGGGCUGUGCCCACUGGCCCAGCUGCUGCCCCAGCAAAGGACAGAACCCCACUGAGGAGUGGCUGAAGGGCAACACUGUGCUCAUGCCUCCCCCAGAGACCACCAGCCUUGCCCACCACCCGGAAUCCUGCAAGGCCAGUGAAGACGGACCCCUCAACAGCCGGUCCAUCGCCCCCUGGAGAUACGAGUUGGACAGAGAUUUGAACUGGCUGUAA